CUCAUCUUCUUCUCUCCCCUUCCUUUCCUUCAUCGAUGCCUGGCAGUUGGGCAGUGGUGCUACUGUCUUUUGUAUUUAAUGUUCAUGCAGUUUAUCGCCAACAUCAUAUAGCCGUUCUCCAAAAUCCCAGUACUGUGCUUUUGAUUGGAGGAGCAGCCUUACCUAAUAACUAUUCACAACUUCUUGAUCUUCGAAAACAACAAACCAAAAAUGCCUAUUCAACCUUGCCUGUAGCCUAUCAUACCGCUGUGCAGACAUUGGGUAAUGAAACACUUGUCCUGUUUGGCGCAACUGACUGGCAGUUAUCCAACCUGUCAGCACCGUUUUGGAUAGCAAAUAAUACCGCCACCAUACAGAAUGCAACUGAUGCUGUUCAACCACCAUUGCGCUAUGGUCAUACGUCCUUCUCGUAUAACGAGAGCGAUUUUGUACUUGGUGGAAUUACAGAUGACCAAAAUGUACUGAGUGACCUCUGGCAGCUGAAGAAUAUGACCUGGUCGCAAGUGGCCAUCAAUUCCGCAAGUUUAGCGGGACAUUCGACGAUUGUGUACAAUGACUGGAUUGUCAGUUGCUUUGGUAUCGACGACAACUGGAACCUUCAACACGAAUGCUGGAGUUUAGAUUUAUCGACCAAUGUGAGCCAAACUUUAUCAGUUGAAAGCCAACAUCAUCCAGAACCCAGAGCUUGGGCGUCCUUGACUUUGCCAACCAAUAGCACAGAAGCCAUUCUUUAUGGUGGCCAAGAUGAUUCUGGCGACUUUCUGGAUGAUUUGUGGACAUUGGAUAUAUCUGAUCUUCCAAAUUCAAUAUACUGGAGUCACGUUCCUGCUGGCAACACAACGCAUCCUGUCGCGCGCGCUGGCCAUGUAGCUCUCGAGAUAGUACCGCCGCAAAAUGUUUCAUGCAACAUCCUCCUCGUACACGGUGGAGAAGUGCCAAAUACAGCUUAUAACGAUUCCACAGUUCAGUACCUCGACAUCAGCACACUUACCUGGAUAUCGCCUUCAAUUGUAUCACAGCAGUUCAAUAAUGGAAGCAUCAUGCUAGCCGACAGUAAUACAACCAAUGCUUCUCUUUCAUUUGAUCAAGAAAGUGUUACAUCCUCCAAGACCCUCGGUGGUGGAGCCAUUGGCGGUAUCGUCAUUGGCAGUCUCUGUGCUGUUGCAGGCGCCGUUGGACUUUUCAUUGUAUAUCGCCGCCGUCGAUUCAAUGGAAGACACGCCGCCCAGCAUAAUAUACCAAAAUCAACAGAGUUGCCUCCAAGUUCAGGAAUUAUGAACCUGCAACCACUGCAGCUAUCCCUAUCAGAGAAAGAGGAUCUUCCUUACAUCACCCAGCCCACACCUGUUAAGACGCACGAUCGACGGUCCUAUUUCGCUAACCAAUUUCGUGACUCCAUCUCCAUCAAAAGCCACUCCUACGCUGAGCUCUUAGAUGACGACGACGACAACGAUAAUAAUAUCUCAGUAGUGCAGACCAUGAGUGACUCCAAGCCUGACUAUUCAGCACCAAGACACCAUGUUUCUGAUAAAACCACGGAUUCGGUCAUUCCAACGUUUACCAUGAAUUCUAUUGCAGAAAAUGAAGCUGUUUCCAAAGAACAAUUAAGUAAUCCCGGAAAGAAACAGGCUCCCUCGCCCCUUGUACUGACCAACAGUCGUAUAGCUUCAAUGAAAGGCUCUCGUGUAUCGCAGCUUUUGAAUGUACCUUCCCCUGGUUCAUCACCCGGUAUUGACUCUCCGCAAUCUGCGCGCAUCUUCCUUAGCAGGCAACCAUCGUCUAAAUCCACUGGACGUGGUUCCGUGCGAUCCAUGCAAUGGGUUGGAUAUGACCCUAGUACACGAUACUCUGAAGGUGGAUCCAGCAAUGCCAAUCUGGUAGUCAAGAAUGUACGGGAUAGUGUUUUGAGCUCUGGUAGUGAACAAAGUCUUCCUCCUCAACUUGCCAUCCGUAAUUCAUUUGGCGAUGAUUUCAAGGUAACUUGGCCUCCUGAAGCGGAAUAGGGUACCACGGACAGCAUGGAUGUAUGUUUGGAUCACGCACCACCAUAUCAUCAUAGACAGUAUGGAGGCUGGCCUCCCUUAGGUCAAGGAACAUGGGACAGACAGUAUGUGCGCGAGGUUGCCAAUUUAUAAUAAUGUUGAUAAAUACAAUUUAUAUCG